GAACAAACGUAUGUUCUGAUUGGCUGAUGGGUUGCUGUGGUCCCUCCCAUCACAGAGAUUUGAAAGCAGCAUUGAAAACGGAGGGAGAGCAGCGGUAGUAGAAAAAAAACGUUGAUGUUAAGACAUGGCUCCCAGAAAGAGAACUACGAAGCAGCGGAAAAACAACCCGAAAACAGCGAAGCUGGAGGUCUUUCUGGAGGACUUUGAUAGUGAAGUAAAGACCCGAGUGGGCCAGCUGAAAGAGAAGCUCAACCAGCUGCUGAAGGAUGUGGACAACAGCUACAACAUGGCUCUGAUCAAAAUGCCCAUAGCUGUGAGGCAGACGGUGUGGCUGCAGCAUUGCAACUCAGGCAAACCAAAGACUCCGGAGGUAGAUGAUGUAAAGAGAGAAAAGGAGGCAGCCAUUGUGGAGAGCGUGGUGGCAGAGGACCACGCUGUCCUCCUGAAGUCUGUUAAAAAAACCACCAGGAAGAAAGGUGGAGCCAAGUCCAGCACAGACGAUGAAACCGUCCUGAACUCAACCAGGAAGGUGUUGAUUCAGGGCCGAGCAGUCAGAAAACCUCCGUCUACAGCAAAGAGAUCCAGAGCUCUGACUGUCAGCAAGCAGAGCACCAGCAUCAGACGCUCCAACAGGAAACCUCUGCUGACCCCUGCCAGGAACUUACUGGACUCCUCUCUGAUGAUGGGAUCAACUCCUCUUAUCACGCCACGCUUUGACCCCAGACUCCCAAAGACCCCUGCUGUCAGACUCCCCUGCCACAAAGAGAGGGUCUACAGCAUCUCUGUGAACGGCUCUCCCAUCGCAGCAGGAAGUGAGGACAUCAUUAUCAACGUUCCUGUCGGGAAUGGAGAGAGCAUCCAGCUGCUGGCUAGUGAGAUGGACUCUAUGGACCUAAAUCUGUUGGACGAGACGGCUCUGAGGAGCAUCCGGCUUCUGAAGAACCGUCUGGCGACUCUGUGCGAUACAUCAGAGUGACAUAACCAGCUGUUUCUCAAAGAACCCGUCCCACCUGUUGUGGAAAACUCAGACUGGGACUGAACCAGUAAACCUAUUAAGAACAGAGGCGGCGGGUCCUGUUCUUUUAUUUUUUACCUGAACCAUGAAAGCUGGAAUGUUUGGAUUUUCUAAAAUAAGGAUCGAUCUCCCAGCAGCUGAAGACUCUGGUCUGCAACUCUUGGGCCGGAUAAGCGUCCAGAACCGAUUUUCUGUUGGUGGUCUUGUUUUUUUUUUUCAAUGUUUUUAGAACUUUUAGUUUAUUUGGUUUCAUUCUUUCUGAUUUUAGUGUUUUUGUGUUCAGACCUUCUUGCUUCUUUAUCCAAACUGAAACCUAAUCCUUUGUAAGCUCUGUUUGACCCAGAAGAACAAUUUGUUCUGUAAAUCUUCCAUGUUUGAAUAAAUUCAGAAGCAGAGUGUUCUGUGGAAACCUC